AUGUCACAAGGUCGUAAGGCAGCAGAAAGAUUAUCAGGCAAGACUAUUUUCAUCACAGGAGCAUCAGCAGGUAUUGGACAUGCUACCGCAGUAGAAUAUAUGGAUGCAUCCAAUGGUGAAGUGAAGUUAAUAUUGACUGCCAGAAGAUUGCAAAAGUUACAAACCAUUAAGGAUGAGUUAUUGAAACAUUAUCCUCAGGGUAAAAUUUUCAUUGCUAUGUUGGAUGUUAGUCAAUUGGAUACCAUUGAACCAUUUUUAAAAUCUUUACCUGAUGAAUUUAAAGAUAUUGAUAUCUUGGUUAAUAAUGCAGGGAAGGCAUUAGGUUCAGAUCUAGUGGGAAAUAUUGAUGUUAAUGAUAUUAAGGGGAUGAUGGAUACUAAUGUUCUUGGAUUGAUUAAUAUUACUCAAGUCGUAUUGAAGAAUGUCUUCCAAAAGAAAAAUUCUGGUGAUAUUGUCAAUAUCGGUUCUGUAGCAGGUAGAGAUGCAUACCCCACUGGGUCCAUUUAUUGUGCAAGUAAAUUUGCUGUGAGAGCAUUCACUGAAAGUUUAAGAAGAGAAUUAAUUAAUACUAAGAUUAGAGUCAUAUUAAUUGCUCCAGGGAUCGUGGAAACUGAAUUCUCGAUGGUUAGAUAUAAGGGUGACACAGAUCGUGCUAAAAGUGUAUAUGAAGGUGUCAACCCUUUAUUGCCUGAAGAUGUAGCUGAUUUAAUUGUUUAUACAACUUCAAGGAAGUCAAAUACUGUUAUUGCAGACACAUUAAUCUUCCCAACAUCACAAGGUUCAGCUUUCCAUGUUAGUCGUGAGACAAAAUGA